GCAGAGAGGAGUAACCGCAGACACAGAGGGGUGGGUGGGCUGGCCUGGCCCAUGGCUGAAGCCUCCGUCCCAGUGCUGAGGGGAGAGGAAGCCACGCCUUGCCCCAGCGUUCUGGAACUGGAGGAGCUCCUGAGGGCAGGGAAGGUUUCUUGCAGCCACGUGGAUGAAGUUUGGCCCAACCUUUACAUAGGAGAUGCCCAAGGUCCUGGUGCACUGUGUGGUUGGGGUGAGCCGCUCGGCCACGCUGGUCCUGGCCUACCUCAUGCUGCGCCAGCAGCUGUCCCUGCGCCAGGCAGUGAUCACCGUGAGGCAACACCGAUGGGUCUUCCCCAACCGAGGCUUCCUCCACCAGCUCUGCCAGCUGGACCAGCAGCUGCGGGGCACAGGCCGGAACUGAGGGGCCAGAGCUGGUCCCUUCUCCCUGCCACAGGGCUGGGCCACUUUGUUUCCCUGGCACUGGCCCUGUUGGUGCUGCUGGAGGCUCUGGCCCAGGCGGAGACCAGGAAGAUGGUAAGAGCCCAGUGUGCGGUCUGCCCUAGAGCAUGCUACCCCAUCUGCUUCCUCCUGCUGCCUGCGCUCCACGUUGGCUACUGUCUUCAGUCCCCUCAGCAACAGCAUCAAGUGUGCGGAGACAGGGAGCUGGAAGCAGACAGCACAAAGUGCCCGUCAGAGAAGAACACAGCCUGGGCCAGAUACCCCCACAGUAUGGACUCGCUGCAGAAGCAAGAUCUCCGGAGGCCUAAGAUCCACGGGGCGGUCCGGGGGUCCCCCUACCAGCCGCCCACAUUGGCCUACCUCCAGCGCUUGCUGUGGGUCCGUCGGGCCGCCAUGCUGAGCCACAUCAACGAGGUCUGGCCCAACCUCUUCCUAGGAGAUGCGUAUGCAGCCAGGGACAAGAGCAAGCUGGUCCAGCUGGGCAUCACCCAUGUCGUGAAUGUCGCUGCAGGCAAGUUUCAGGUGGACACAGGUGCCAAGUUUUACCGUGGAAUGCCCUUGGAGUACUAUGGCAUUGAGGCUGAUGACAACCCCUUCUUCGACCUCAGUGUCUACUUUCUACCUGUUGCUCAAUACAUCCGAACUGCCCUCAGUGUUCCCCAGGGCCGUGUGCUGGUACACUGUGCUAUGGGGGUGAGCCGCUCUGCUACAGUUGUCCUGGCCUUCCUCAUGAUCUGCGAGAACAUGACCCUGGUGGAGGCCAUCCGGACGGUGCAGGCCCACCGUGAUAUCUGCCCCAACUCGGGCUUCCUCCGGCAGCUCCAGGUUCUGGACAACCGACUGGGGCGGGAGACAGGGCGACUCUGACUUGGUGAGCAGCCGGGAGCCCUGACCCUCUAGCCAGCAUGGCCUAACCCAGCCAGCCUGGCCCUGGGGACAGCAGCCUCUGCUGUUUCCAAAGACCUUGAGGUAUAAAUAGCAAGUGGGGGCUUAGCUGAGGCAGAAGCAGGGAGAACUGAGUGGUGACCUUUAGCAGGUGGAUUUCCCUGACCCAAUCCAGAGAUUCUUUAUACAAAAGAGAGUUCAGUCUGUCUCUAUAAUAAAAGGUUCAUCAUAAUAAAGACAGGAGAUCUUCUGGUGGUUUGUGGGGUGUGUCUUACUCCCAAGAUGGUCAUGAGAGUCCAGAAGACUUGCCUUCCCUGAGUCAGCAUGAGGGCAACCUACAGAAAGGGUUUGAGUCUGUGUCAAGUCUCCGUAGAGACGGAGGGCAAGUGAAGGUUAAUCAGUGGUAUCUGCCUCGGGUGCAAAAGGGAGGAAGAGGGUACAGGUGCUGAGAAUUAGCUGGUCCUUUCUUCAUUUUGUCCUCCACUGUAGCAUCAGCCAAGAGCUAGGUUGUCGGAAUCAAGACCGAUGUUCAGUGCAUCAGCAUCCUCUCCAUGCCCACCCUAGCAAAAAGCAAUCAUCAGAACUUUUGCUGUGCAAGUAGCAUCUCUUGAAUAUUUUCAUCUAUGUUUUACUUUAAAAAGGACUGACUCAAGCAAGAGGCAUCUGGAAAACACAAGUGUUAACUGAGACGAUAGGGUCUGGGGAGGAGACAGCCCAGAAAUCCCAGACGAAGGAUGGUUAUAUGAUGGAGCAAAACGUUUCACUCUGAGUUUCUUAGUAUUCGUGCCCUAAUAAAACAAAGUAAAGGGGUGCCUGGGUGGCUCAGUGGGUUAAAGCCUCUGCCUUCAGC